UAGGAGAGACACGUGAAUCAAACCUGAAACGAGACUGCUCAUUUAAACUCUAUGACAGGCGUAUGGAAUGCGCUCUCAGAGCAUCUUGCGGUUAACUUUGGACUCUGUGUGGGGACUCGUUGACCGUGCGCGCAUGGGUUCCGUGACAGGUUGUAAAGAAGGAAUUCCAACACUAUUUUUAAAGCCACACGCGGAUCUGGGGGCGUGGACCGCUCGAGCACAGACCGUUUGGUUCGAGGAACAUUUUAAUGUGACUGUUGGAUGUGGAUUGUCUUACCGCUCUACCGGCUUGGAGUGCCCCGGCAUACCCAAAGCAUUUGGACACAACACGGUCCGAGCUGUCGCUCUCGUUGGUUCGGGAUUGCUUUGAGUUUAAAAUAAUAUUUUCUGUCAAUUUCCCUGUCAUUGGAAUACGUACAUUUUGCUCCGAUUGAGGGUUUACAAGAGUGAGGGCGGCGUGGAAGGAAUAGGCUACUACAGCGGGAGCAAAGCGUCUCCAAAUGGCGCAACGUUGGAACGUUUAUGAUUACAUAUAACUAAACCAAUUACUGAAUACGGUAACACUUUCUAAUCCGUCUAAAUCUGGAACAAUUCUUGGUUUUAAAUAAUGAUUUUUUUCUUUGCCUAAAGUGAUUGUUUACGGUGAACCUGGCAUGUCAAUAUGGGCGAGUAACAUCGAUGGCAAAUGACAUCGGGGAUUUGAGCGCUAUCACUGCAUCCACUGAACUCAUCUCCGUCUGCAAAUAUUGGCAUGUGUCAAAGGAUAUCAGUGUAUUUCGUUUCACUGACCUUUUUCACCAGACGGGCUUAUUGGAUGUUAUCACAGAAUAACGGGAGGCCAUAUAUUCCAUAUUCCCUAUAAAAAUAAUAUAAUUGUGAACUACGUAGCCUACAGUUUAGGCUAUUAUUUUUGAUUCAUGGAUUCUAACAUUUGCAUUGUCCUUUCUUCGUGUGUUCCUGACAUUUAGACUGCAUUAAUUGCGAAGAUACUGCCAUUUUCAUUUGCAUUUAACAAUGAGAUUUAAAAUCCGUUUGGGGAAGUAAUUAUUGCUGGUGUUCUGUUCUGCACUCUUUACAUUAGCCUAUUUACAGUAGCUACAACACCCAAACAUGACAAGCACCGGACCUGUCAUCGUGUUUGAGUGGCUGAAGACCCUCCAGCUCUCUCAGUAUGUGGAGUCCUUCGUGGAUAACGGCUACGAUGAUCUGGAAGUUUGCAAACAAAUUGGAGACCCCGACCUGGAUGCUAUCGGUGUCUACAUACCGCACCACCGGCAAAGGAUCCACGACGCAGUGCAAAGGCUGAAAGACGAUGAUAAGGAGACUGCAGCGGGGCUGUAUUUUACACUUGAGCCGAUGCCCCCCGCGUCCGAAAUGUGUCCUAGUCACCUGGUGGACCAGUACGAGUCUAAACUCCGGGGGUCCAAGUCUUGGACCGAACCGAAUAGUGACCGGGUCGGGAGGAAUGGGGGCGCGUAUCUGGGCGCGCAGAGGAACAUGACGCUUGGAAACCGGAGGGAGCUGGUGAUUUACCCCAAACUGAAGCUGAAGAUCAUGAUUAGGGAUAAAGUCAUCAGAGAUGGAGUCAAUCUUGCCAGGCCACCAUACUCAAACAAGGAUGGUUCUCUAGGGAACAUUGAUGACCUGGCCCAGGAGUAUUCUGAGUACUACAACACCUGCUUCAGUGACGUCAGCGACCGCAUGGAGGAGCUACGCAAGAGACGUGUGUCCCAGGACCUCGACAUGGAGAAAGUUGACACAAGCCCCACUUCUCUGCAGCUUCGAUCUGAGAUUCAGGAGUCCCUUGGUUUCAGCAGUGAGGUGUCCACUCCAGAGACAGAGAGAAAGAUGUCUCUGCACAAGUCCAGCUCUGAAGAUGGCUCUGGAGGUAAAUGGGACAAUAAGAAGAAGAACAAAUCCUUCUGGCAGAAUUUCCGCAAGACGUCUCAGAAGGGAGUCAUGCAGCAGACGUCAAAAGGAGAGGACAUAGGCUACGUGGCCAGUGAGAUCACCAUGAGUGAUGAAGAGCGCAUCCAGCUGAUGAUGAUGGUGAAGGAGAAAAUGAUCACUGUGGAAGAGGCUUUAGCUCGGCUGAAGGAGUAUGAGAACCAUAGCAGACAGUCCAGCAGUACUGACACUGCAGAGUGGACUGAUGGAUCCACUCCCAAUCUAAACCAGUCCUCAAACUGCAAAUCUCGGGAGCAGUCUGAUGAUGAACAGACAGAGGACUCAAUGAAGUUCAAACGGCUCCACAAGCUGGUCAACUCUACCCGCCGCGUCAGGAAGAAACUCAUCAAGGUGGAAGAGGGCAAGAAACACGGCUCCGAAGAUUCUCUGAGCUUGGAGGCAUCUCCUACCUGUGAGGACAACACAGCCUUGUACACAGGGGUCCUGAAGAAGUCCAGCCUGCCCCAGGAUGCCUCCAUGUCCUCCCUGACCCAGGACCAGCUCUCUCUGGAUGGGGACACAGACAGCUUGACCACCUCCCCUUCCUGCAGCAGCCUGGACACUACCUGGUCCGGACACAAGCUGGUCAAGGCCUUCUCUAAGUCCAGCAGCACCCACGGCCUCAUCCGGCCUCCCAGGAGACUCGCUGCUGGGCCUGAGGGUUUGGGAGCCGUCGGGGUGGGAGGUAGUGGAUCCUCCUUCUCAGAGCUGGACGGCUGUGGUGCCGAGGCCGAAGAGAAGGUGUCGCACUCCAUGACGGAGGGCGAGAUGCGGAAAGCCCUGACCUCUCUCUCCCAUGGGAGGACAUGUAGUUUUGGAGGGUUUGACCUGUCCAACAGGUCACUCCAUGUGGUCAGUGCAGGCUCAGAGCACAAUAGUAAGGAUCCAGAGGCUGUAUACCGGGAGGUAGUCAAGUCUCCCAACACGUCUCGUAUCUCUCUGGGGAAAAAGGUCAAGUCCGUCAAAGAGACCAUGAGAAAACGCAUGUCCAAGAAGUACAGCAGCUCACUGUCUGAACAGUCGAGCCCAGACGGGACUCCCAGCUCCCCCCAGUCCCCUCAGCCAGACACAGACUCUCUGGAGAAACCCAAGCUAAAGGCUGGAGGAUCAGUGGAGAGCCUCCGGAGCUCCCUCAGUGGACAAAGCUCCAUGAGUGGUCAGACGGUCAGCACCACAGACUCGUCAGCCAGUAACAGAGAGAGUGUUAAGUCUGAGGAUGGAGAUGACGAGGAGCCUCCCUACAGAGGGCCCUUCUGUGGCAGAGCACGAGUACACACUGACUUUACCCCUAGCCCCUACGAUUCCGACUCCCUCAAACUAAAGAAAGGGGAUGUGAUCGACAUCAUCAGUAAGCCACCCAUGGGGACGUGGAUGGGCCUGCUCAAUAACAAGGUGGGCACCUUUAAGUUCAUCUAUGUGGACGUGCUGAGUGAGGAGGAGGAGAAGCCCAAGAGACCCGUAAGGAGAAGGAGGAAGGGCAGACCUCCCAAACCCACCUCUGUAGAAGAGCUGCUGGAACGCAUCAACCUCAAGGAGCACAUGCCUACCUUCCUGUUUAACGGUUAUGAGGACCUGGACACCUUCAAGCUGCUGGAGGGGGAGGAUCUAGAUGAGCUCAACAUCAAAGACCCUCAACACAGAGCUGUGCUGCUCACCGCUGUGGAGCUACUGCAAGAGUAUGACAGCAGCAGCGACCCUGAGCGGAGCGGUCUGUCAGGCUCUCAGGAGAAGCUGCUAUCAGAGGGCCACAUCCUGGUGGGCGACUCACCACGUGACUCUGGCUGCUAUGAGAGCAAUGAGAACCUGGAGAAUGGCAAGACCAGGAAGACAUCUCGCUCCAACCGCUCCUCUGCGGGUCUCCAGUCCCCAGACUACCCCACCCUGCCCAUGACCCAGUCCACUGAGGCCCUGCAGCAGAGCAAACUGGAGCGCACAGCCAAGUUCACAAAGCACUUCUUUCUCAAGCCCACCCUGAGGGGCUUCAGCCUGCUGGGGCUGAGGAAGGGCCCCCGCCGGACCCCCAUGCCGGCCAGCCGCAGCUGUGAGGACCUGGACGGGCCCCCGGAGGCUACUGGCCCCCAGGCCUGGAAGAGAUCCCACUCCCUCGGGGACCUCCACUGGGAGCAGGCCUUCGACCAGAAGAAGGACUACAGCCUGGAGGUCAAGCCUGCUAAAGGUGUCUCCAAGUCGGGUAACAGCAGCAGGGAGAAGGGCCUCCAGGGUCAUGGAGAUGGGAGUUCAUCACUGGCUCAGAAUGGAGGGAGUGCUGUGAGCCCGAAAGGGCGUUCUGACCAACCCCCUGUGCCCUCCCAGCUGCCCCUCAGACCCCCCUGUCCCACCGCCCCGCUUCCCCAGCCCCAGGAGACCCUCCCCAGCCCUCCUGAACCCCAGCUGAGGGAGAGGAGCAUCCGGACUCACCCCAAAAAGCCCCCAGUGCCCCCUCCCGUUCCAGUCAAGAAAUCCAAGGAGCGCCUGGCCAAUGGGAUACGCCACCGCUCCCUUGUCCUUUCCUCCCCCACUCAUUCCUAUACCUCCACCCACUCUCAUCCCCCCAGCCCUGUCAUCAGCAGCCCCAGUGCUCCAGCCCUCCCCAGUAAGGCCUCCAGUACCCCUGCCUCCCCCUCUCCAGCCUCCCCUGCCUCCACCACCACCGGCUGUCCAGAGCCAGAGGAACCAGGCACCCCCCCAGCCGUGCCCCCUCCCUGGUUGUCUGACCUGCCCGAGACGGCCUGCCCUCAGGCUCAGAUCCAGGGCGGUGGUGGCAAGAUGGCGGUGGCCAGGAAGGUGUCCUAUGCUAAAAUGGCAGUCGAUCUCCACAGUGUGCUGGAGCAGAGACUGGAGGCCGAGGGCAUCGACCUCACAGAGGAACCCUACUCAGACAAACAUGGUCGGUGUGGUAUCCCCCAGCCCCUGAUGCAGCGCUACAGUGAGGACUUGGAGCAGCCAGUGAAGGAUGUGGCCUCCAACAUGGACCAGGUUCGCGUCAAGCAGCUCCGUAAGCAGCACCGCAUGGCUAUCCCGUUUGGAGGUUUGACAGAGAUGUGCAGGAAGCCACUCUCCCCAGGUCACGUGAGCACCGUCUCUGAUUGGCUCGUGUCCAUCGGCCUACCCAUGUACGCCACACCGAUGGCAGCUGCGGGAUAUGACACGUUGGGACGUGUGUCCUCUCUCACAGAGAGUGGUGUGUGGGAAGCGGGGGUGCGGGACGAGAGGCACGUCCGUAGACUUGUGAGCGAGGCCCGAUUGGUCAGCACACACAGAGACGGACAGUCGUAACCGUGACAGUGGAGCCCAUGCAGGUGUAACUGAGACAGUUGAACGGCUACGGCACAGUUGAGACUAAAUGCAGAACUGAAUAACUGUGAACGUGACCACAGCACAGCUUCCAGCACCUAUUGAGACUUUUGACUGGACUACGGAUGGCGGGUGGUUUGCAGUUGCAGCCCAGCUAAUGCUUGAGACUUAUGAGCAGCAACCUGUUCUUAGGCCCCCGUCUUUAUCAAUCUGUCUCUCUCUCUCUUUCUAUUCCUCUCUUACAGAUGUUUACGGUGAGAUUGUUCCGACUGCCGAGAACAGUUAUCAGAUGCCUUUAAAACUGACUGUUCCCUUCUGAAACAUCCCCCCCAGUCUUAAAAUACUGAGAACUGCCUUUGAGGAAAUUAGCACACUUUUCUUAGACUCUUUUUUUGACUCUCCUUUUAAAGACGAAAUGAUGUUUUUUUCUGUGUUUCAGAAGUGCUUGAUUUGUAUCUCUUGUGCAAAGAGAAAAGCACUAGAGAGUAGUGAGAGGAUGUAGCUUGGCCAAAGCAAUUUCUUUCAAUGUGCAGAUUUCACCUUUGUCGUUAAUCCCAUUGCUAAAUGCUACAGUAGAUUGGAGAACAUGGUUUAUUGCAGAUAACACAACAACAAAAAAUAACACAAAACAUGAAAUAGGCAAACAUUGCUGUUAUAUUAAGAUUUAAAACCCUUAUUUUCUAUCAUGCUAUAGUGUUUUUGUAAUAUACUGUACCAUAUAUUUUAAUUUCAAGGUGUUUUUACAGUAUGUGUUCAAUAAGUAUUGUGUCUGCUUUGUGGAAUGUCAAAGUCUGAAUGUCAGUCAUUGUAAGUAUAAACAGUCGGACAGAUCUCGACAUGAGUUUAUACAGUAUUUCAGAUUAUAUUUCAGAUUUCUUGGUUGCAUGUAAUCCUCCAAUAUGUAGGUCCUUACAACACUAUCUACACAGUACCGCUCUAAUAAUCUUCCAUGGGAGAUCAGCUUUUCUUUGCAGACAAUAUCGUCUCCAUAUAUCUAUCCAGGCGGAUUUUAAGUUGCCUUACCAUUAUGUGAAAAAAACAAUUAGAUGAAUACGUAUUCAUGUACUCAGCGUUAUAAAAACAGCAGGCAUUUCAACCCCCAUCUUUGACUAAGGCUUGAUUCCUCAAAGCCUCACCGGGCCAAUAUGUUUUGAAUGUGCUUGUAAUGACAGUGAUUGUUAGUAGAAGACACACACACAUGCACACACACACUAGCAGCCACAUAGCUCUGUCGGUAGUGUCCUUGCUGUUCUUGUUAAGCACAGAUGUUGAUCCACAUGAAGUCUAAUUUAAACACAGUGUUCCAUGUUCAACAGCCAGCCAUAGACCAGCUCAGUACUGCAGACCACAGAAACAGACUGAGACAUGAUGUAGAUGAUCCACUCAGAAGGAAGGGCUAAGACGAGUGCUACAGCUGUUCCACAGAGAACCAGCUAACAGCUGGUUUAUCAUGUCCGUCUGAGCCUCUCUUGGAAGAACAAGAACAAGAAGGGGGGUGUCUUAGAGAGAGACACAGUCAGGGAGUACAGAUGAGAAUGGGAAUGUACUGAAUCUCCAUUCACUGACCAGCAGACCAGACCUGUGAGUCCCUAGCAGUGGAUUCCUAGUCCAAGACCGGUGUGAGUGGAACCACCUACGUAAUGUCAUUCUAGUUAUGUGAAGUACUACAUAUUGCAAACAAUAUUCAAGUCUUAUCCCUUGUCUCGGGUUUCAAAAUACAAGUUUGCAGAGUGGUGUAACACAGGGGUGCUUUUGCAGUGGACACUCGAUAGAAGUUGGAUGCCUUUUCUCUUCAAUCAUAGUGGUGCUCCAGGUUAGCCUGGGAGACACUUGUAGGGGGAGUUUUUAAAGAAACAAAAAUACCUACAAUUUAAGAUGUAAAAAAUAUUGUCACUGUAAAAUGCACUUUAGAAAGUAACUAAAAAAUGUUUAAGCAAAAUUGGCAAAAUGUUCUUUAAGUCUGUAAGCAGACAUUUGUUUUCAGGUAAUGUAAAGGGUUUGAUUGAAUGGGUUAUACUGGUAUUUAGUUAUCUUAGUAUAGUUCCCAAUGCCAAGUCAAUGUACAAAUGUAAUUAAUAAUAGUUCCUGAAUUAACCCAUUCCAAUGACUUAACUUCCAAUUUACUUUUGCAGUCUUACAGAAAACGUAAUUACAUAUAUGAAAUGGUUAACAAGAGUUGCACAUUCUGUAUAUGUAAUUGGUAUUUAAAUAACUUAUUUUGGGUCUUUUCAUAUCAACUGUAAUUACUAUACAAAUAGCAAUACCUUCCUGCAAAUUGCAUUAGCCAGUGUAAAGCUACAGUGUUUAUUGUAAAAUAUAAGUGUACAAAUGAUUUAAUUUGGUUUCAACUAGCUAAUGAUUGUCUAAAAAGAUAUUCUUGUGUAUUGAAACAAAAAAUGAUGUCUAACGAUUUGUCAUUCUGAAAUAUAAUAAAAACGCUAUCGCCA